CGCUGAACGUCUCGUUAAAUCGGCGACGGAAAAUGAACCGGUAAAGUUAACGAAAAGAUUUCGUAAUGUUUGAAACUAUUUUUCCAAUGGUAUCGUUGAAAAUAAUGAUAAUUGUGUGUAGUGUGGGUGAGAACAUGUGAGGAAUUUGGAAUACUAAACUGUGAUCUGUGAAUCUUCAAGAAUUUCAACAUGUUACCUCUGUCUUGUUUUCUUCUACUUUUGGCUCAUUCAGGUGCUCAGGAAAGCGUGGGAUCGAAGAAAUUUCGGGACUUUUUACAAGAAUGGCCCACACCCGGUACAGGACCUUAUUUUGAUACAACUAUAAAUUCCAAUAUCACUGGUCUCGUUGGUAAAACCGUUUUACUCCAUUGCAGAGUGAAAAACUUGGGAAACCGAACUGUUUCUUGGGUUCGUCAUAGAGAUAUCCAUCUUUUAACUGUAGGAAGAUAUACAUAUACGUCCGAUCAGCGGUUUGAAGCUGUCCACACUCCUCAUACGGAAGAAUGGACGCUCAGGAUACGCUAUCCACAGAAAAAAGAUUCUGGUAUUUAUGAAUGUCAGAUUAGUACGACUCCACCAAUUGGACAAUUUGUUUUCCUAACUAUUGUAGAACCUAUAACGCAAAUUCUUGGUAGUCCGGAGCUGUUUAUCAACAUGGGCUCAACGAUCAACUUGACGUGCAUCGUACAAUACGCCCCCGAACCACCACCGAACAUUAUCUGGUCUCAGAAUUCUGAGGUGAUCAAUUUCGAUUCGCCCAGGGGAGGUAUCAGUCUGGUCACGGAAAAAGGAUUUAUAACGACAAGUCGUUUGCUGAUCCAAAAAGCAGGACAAGGCGAUUCAGGCCUUUACACAUGCACCCCGUCCAACGCGAAUACUGCCAGUGUCCGUGUUCAUAUUCUAAAUGGUGAGCAUCCAGCAGCAAUGCACCAUGGACAUGGAACAUUGACGAGUUUUUCGCAUGUUACCUUUAUCUUUAGUCUAGUACUAUUACUAAUCGUUCGCCCUCCAACGUAGCAGCUUUUUUAAAAUUCAUAGGUUAUUAUAGAUUUCAAAUAAAAAAUCUAAUGGAGCAAUCAUCCUUUCAAAAUGAAAUUUUUAUCUUUCCUUGCAGAUUUGCAAUCUUCAUUACUCCUUAAUAAAUUAGUAGUGGACAUAAAUUUCAGCAUUAUUCUAAAUUCCUAUAUUUUUUUUUUCAAAAAACUGCAUUAAUCUUUCAAUGGUUUCUAUUCACAAAUAAAUUGAUAACUAAUUCUUAAUACCAUAUAUCAAGAAACAUAAUGGAUGUUUCACAAGAAGACAAAUCUGGUAGUUAGGGGGAAUGUUUAACUUUCACAAUGGUUUCUUGAGCUGUAUACAUCUUGCGAAAAUCAUUUUUACAUCUAUUUAGUUGAAAAUACAACAAUUAUACUAGCAAUAGAAACUUAGACAAUAACUAUUUUGCCUGAUUUCUGGACCCUAAAUCACUUUGACCGGAUUUAAACCACUCUUCAACCUCAUGCUUUGAUUCACAGUCAUGGUACUGACUCCGAACCUCAUCUACAUCAUAAAACGAUGGAAACAAUUUUAUCGGUUCUAAAACGAUCAAACUGAAAACAUCAACCAAAAUAUUAGUUAUAACUUAUAUCUAAAAGUUAAUUGACGAUCUGGCAUGAAUAUCUCUUCUAUUUUAACUUUGUUUUCUGGAAUUAAUGCACUUUUUUGACAUCCUUUACGUGGAUAGCCUUCAAGAUUUUUAGACUCGACUAAUACUCGAAAUAUGCCCAUGCGGCUCACUAAAUGCUCUUGAUUGAAUCAAAACUCUCGUGAUGUAAGCAGGGAAAAACAUUUUUCGAAUCAUUUCAUUUGCUAUAAAAUUUAACCGAUUGAAAUUUAAAUAAUAUCUAGUAAUUAAUUGAUAGUACCAAUAAUUUGGAAUAGUCUCAAUGAAAAUUUACCAUCUUGAGGAAAUGAUUGCUCUUUAUACCACACAUAUUGUGAUUUGACACUUUUGUUAUACAGGGUGGUACAAUUUAUAACGGUAAACUACGAUUCACUUUAACAUUUCAAACUGUGGUUUUUCGUACAUUAAUAUUCAACAACCGCGCUACAUACCAUCCUGAAUUUUGUAUUGGUCCAGAAUUUUUACAUAAUUGUAUUCGAAAACACGUUGUGUUAAAAACAUUUAACAAAAUCUGGACACUCUAACCAUUACUUUCAUCAAUGAUCUUAUUCAUAAUCCCAGUUCAAUUUCGGUGUUAACUUUCUAACCAAACGCAAUACAAAAGCAAAUUAAUUGUCUGGGUAUAUAGGGUUAGGAUAAAGUAAUGUAAACUACUUCAAUUAUGAGUCUCAGAUUCUGUUUAAUGCAAUUCCCGUGAUUAAUUGUAUAUAUUCAAGCAUUUAUACAAACUAACAUGUAUUUGCUUUCAUACUAAUCACAUAUCGUUGCUUUUUAAAUACCUGUCCAAUUAUUUAAUUAUGUAACAAAUUUAUUUACGAUAAGAAGGUUUAAGAAUAAUUGGGAUAUAGCCAUUCAGUCUACGGAUAUUGAAAUCAAUAAUCAAAUUUCCUUUAAUUUUAUCUGGGACAACUGUAAUAAUUUCUUUUUGAAAUCCAUUUUUGAUUCGAUAUGUCUUGGGGCGUUGGUAUGAAAGCAAAUAAAAAGUAUCUCAAAUUUUUGGGACCACUAAAGGGUAAAACGUUACAUAUUACUUUCAUUUCACAAACUUUCAAUUCUUACAUGUAUAAUUUGCGAACAAAAAUUUUAUCGCAGCUUUGCCUGUGAAUAAAGGGACAUUACCAGAAUAUAUUUUAAUUCUCGUUAAAGGUAAAGGCUCGACAUAAUGUUCGGUGAAAAACUAUCUGUAGAAUACGAAUCUUUUUGCCUUUCAACUGUUCAGGUAGCUCAGAUUACAAGAUGAACAAAGAACUUCAUUAACUUUUCUCUCGACGACGCAUACCCGAAAAUCAAUACGUAAUGGGUGAAUUUAAAAUCAUUCACUACCUACUUAGUUAAAAGACUAUCCUGGUUCCGGAAAAAGGAUCUCUCACUUUGAAUUUAUACACAGAAAUGUUAGAGUAAGAGGAAUUACGGAUAACAAAUUUAUUGGAAAUGUUGAAUAGGAAAACUGAUGAAGAGGAGGAUUAUUCCUCUAGGAAGUGUGAUUUAUAAUCCAACGGCUUUGUAACAGGGAGAGGUAGGAAUCAUUUUCAUUAAAGCAGUCUUGAACGUUGUAGGUACAUGGAUGGAGCGAAAUAAAUUAAUUACACUACUCAAUUGGCUACCAACAUCAUUAGAAAUAUUUAUGCGUUACCGCAUGCAAACUAACAAUAAUUUAUGAUACAGGGCGUCCAGAAACUCACAUGCCAAACGCAAACGUGACACAGUAACGAGUAAAUCUAAUAGGUUUGUUUAUUUAUCCAAUUUAUUCGAAAGGAGCUUCUCACAAACCAAUGUACGGGAUGUCUAACUGUGAAACACCUCUUAAUUGAUUGUUCAGAAUAUGACCAGGAACGAAAAAUAAACCAACUAUUACAUUCACCGAAAAAGCUACUUCAAGUAAACCCAAAGAAACUCAUGAACUACCUGAAAGACUGCAAACUUGCUAAUAUCCCUGAGUGGUUGAUACCUAGAAAAAUCGUCUUGUUGUUAAAUUGAAUAGUUUAAGAAUCGCUAAAGGAAUGUGUCCUUACAUUCAUUAACAGAAUUGUUCAAUAAUUUGUUGUAAAAUUGCAAAUCUUCGAGAAAUUGAAUUGGGUAAGUAAUUUGUUCCGAAUCAUUGAGGAUGUUGUGAUGAACUUCAAUCUAAAACUGUUGUCAUAUUUAUAACAUUCUGUCAGUACUUGGUUGGAGGUGUUAGUGAAAAGAAGUACCGUUAUUCCAAUUCUGUUGACAUGGUACUCUGGUUUUUCUUGAAAGAAAGAUUUUAAAUCCCUAUAAAUAGUUAUUGUUUAGCUAAUGAUAUACGUUGAAGCAGUUUUCAUGUGAUGUUUUGAUAGUUGGUUACCUACAUAUUGUUUGUUAUAAGAGUCAUUGAAUCUGUCCAUUUAAUAACAUGCUCCAAAGAAGGCCAAAAGGAAUUAAUUGCCUAUAGCAUAAUAAAGAGUUCGCCAAUGUAAAUGCCGCAGGUUGGUGGAAAUAUAAAUGAAAUUAUUAGAAUUAGUAACGUUGUACAAGGCAGCAUAGCUACAACGAUUUAAAAGUUUUUUGGAGCCAUUUUUUGUAUUAAAUUUAGGAGGGUUCAUGAUGGUUCAUGAUGGAGUAGAGACAAAAAUGGAAAAAUGUAUGACUUGUAUUAUUAGGUUGAUAUGAACUGUUAGAGAUUGAUAUAGAGGUUAGGAUACAAAGCAGUAUAAGAAAGAAGGACCUACUGUGGUCUCAUUCAAAGUGGGAGCUCAUUAGCUUCACAGUAAAAACUCUCUAUAGAGCUAGAUCGAAAAGCAUCCAAACAAAGACAUAGUGCUGUAUUAGCUAGUUUAAAUGGUCAGUAUCUGGAUAGGCAGCAACGAAAUAUAUUCAUGACAACCGUAAUCUAAUUUUCAAUCCAAACUCAAUCCAAAAACGUUGAUUUCUUCGAGUACAUUGUUGAAAUCGGAAAAAUAGCUCCGAAUUCGAUUUACGAAUUCAAACAUAUCCAUUUUUUUAGUAUUUACCGCUCUCUCAAAAAUCUAACCGAGCGAUUCAUAUCCAUUUAUUAAUCGAGCCAUUUUAUUAUCAGAAAUAUGACAGAAUCCUGACAAACCGAGCGUCAAGAUAAUUGAUGGAUCCAAUUUAGGGCGCAUAAUUACUUUCGAAUGAAAGGACGUAAUCGCACAGAUCCGUUCGAAAUUAACUAGAAUUAGUUCGGCUAUAGAUACGUCUCGCCCUUCAACCCGUUACCGUGUAAUAGCAACUUUCAGGAUAUACACAUUUUAGGCCCGUUUGUUCUGAUCGGUGUAUUCAUGUUGUUGUGAUUUAAACCUAUUCGAAUUUCGUUUACGGACCGGCUUGAGGAUUGGAGCUUGAGUUGAAUUACUUCAUUAACCUAACUUAAUCUAUUCCACUACUAUAGGUUAUACCUACGAUAUAUUUUGUACAGAAUACAAUUUCCCCGCGUUUCCGUCAAGGCAGAGCACCAACAGAGGAGAUGCUUGAGCAGUUGCUCUGGAUAUCUUGCAAUCACUUCUGUGUGACUACAUAUCCUGAUGACUCUAAUUCUUAUGUCAAUAGCAUCUUUCACAAUUCUAUUGGUAAUAGCAAUGUUAUUAUCUCUUCGGAAUUAUCUCCCCUUGUCUCACCUUUAGCUAGCCUAUAUUCUUUACUGUUCCCUUCCACUUCAUGAUGUCCAAGUACCCAGCGGAAGCUUACACAAGGAGAGUGCCCCGGAAUAGCUCAUUACCACUUUUUAUUUGACUUUUCUGAUGCUACUCAUCCUCCUUGACGGUUUGUGCUGAUUGUUGCGUAUCUCUUCAAUUCACUACUUCCCUUAACAAUCUGACAGUUAUUGAUUUUUAUAUAAUCAGUUUCUUUAAGAACAUUCCGGCUCCUGUUCAAUGUUUUGUCACCUAACCAUAUGUGAGUAUAGAGAUUUCAUUGUCGUUCAAGACUGAUUUUUCAUGUCUUUCUUCUCUUGUAGGAAUGUUUAUUUUUUCCUCUCCGUUUUUGUAUACAAUAUCCAAUUAUUACAACUUUUAUUCCGAAGAUACCUCCGCAAAAAACUGAGUUAUUUUGUUGUUUGUAUAUUUCUUUCCUUAUCAAUAACACAUUUUACAAAGCUUACUGUUGUUUGAGAGGAUUUGGAGUUACGACCAUUAUACAGCCUUUUAUCAAAAAGGGCAUGAUACUUGAGAUGAAUUCCAUGGUCUGUUGUUUUGGUGAUAGUAUGAUAUUCUCUUAUAAGCUUUUCGCAACACUUAUAUUUGUAGUCGCUAUAUAUGCUAAAAUUUGCAAUCAACACAUUUUUAUAUAAUGUAAUGGUGUAAUACAAGGCGAUAUCAUUCAAAUAAAAAAAAUGUUCGUCCCUCUUCGCUUAGUACAAGGAAGUAAGGUCAAAAAAUCACAUUUUCUGAAGUAUCUAAUGAAUUCCGCUGGAGCUUGCGACGCGACGCCGCUUGCAAGUACAGCUUAGAACCGACAGCAAUCGACUCUUUAACGCUGAUAUCUCUUUCAAUUCUGUUCCCAAAAGAAAAUCUCAUACCAUAUAACAUUAUAAGUAGAAAUAAAAAUAUUUAGCCCGUAAUUUUAUGACAUUUUUUUUUUUUUUUCGUUGCGACAGGAUUAAUACAAAUAAUAGAGAUGUUUAUAAGAAAAUUGGUGUUACCUCAUUUUGCUCCAUCGGAAUUUUGAGAAGAAUCUAGUGGAAAGGUCGACUGUACUCAUCUCACAGGUAUAAAGUAUAAAUCGAAGAUUGUCUAGGUUUUAGAAUAGGAUUUCAGGUGGUAGAAGUAUUUGACUGCACUAUAAGAAAAUGUUUUUAUGCUUCUGAAUGUUCUUGAUUUCAGGUCUCUUGUGUUUUAAAAUUAGUU